AGGAGGGAGGGAGGAAUAUAAGAGACACGGCAAUAGAGGGGAAGGUAAUACAGCGGAUAACUUCCCUGUCAGGCUCACCAUGUUUCUGCUGCAGACUGUGACUGUUAUUUCUCUGACUGUCGUUCUCCUGGACGCAGUAGAAGGUGAUGGGGUACAGAUGCAGAGAGACGUUCAGUGCUGUAUGCAGUACUCCCAGGGGAAUGUGCGCACCAAAGACGUGCUGAGGUUUGAAGUGCAGACGGAGGGGCCAGACUGCAGCAUACAAGCCAUCAUACUGUACACCAAGAAGGCGGUGAAGUGUGCUGACCCCAGAGAUAGAAGGGUCAAGAGGUUACUGAGGAAGCUGGUCCAGAGGCAGAGGACCAAAGCACAUAGGACCAUGUGGCUCCACCCUCAUGGCAACCUGCCAGUCAUGUCAGAGGAUAAGGAUGGGUGGGAUGCCCUCCAUGUGGAAUGAGUGUGAGGUUGCUACCACAGAAGGAAUAUUAUUGUCAUAGGCCAAGUAAACUUCCAGCGGCUUCUCAUCCUAACUCGGCUAAGCUUGCUGACUCUCCAGUUGUCUCGUGUCACUAUCUGGCUGGGAGUGUGUAGUGGCUGAGCUGUCAUUGCCAUACAUUGCGGAGUCCCUGAGAGGUUUUGAUAUAUAGCUAAAUGUCUUUUACACACUGUCGCUAACUAUGCCAAAGUAUUUGCCAAGUAUUUCUGAUUACUCUUUAUUCCGAGAAACCGGUCUUCACCAUCUAUGUAUGGCUGUUCAACUUCAUAGACGGCUUGUUCUCGCCUGAAACACAAUGUCAGUUAGAAAAUGCACUGUAUGUUUAAACACAUCUUCAGUGGAUCUUUUAUAAAUAAAUUAACCUGAAAGAGUUA